AUGAAUGAAACACAGGAAGCGAUAGUCCUGGUGCAGAAAGGCGAGAUUGCAGUGGAGAGCAAACCCGUGCCUGAAAUCACGGACCCACACUACGUGAAGCUGCAGAUCAAGAAGACGGGAAUUUGCGGGUCGGACGUGCACUACUAUGUGGCAGGCGCGAUUGGCGACUUUGUAGUGAAGAAGCCCAUGAUAUUGGGCCACGAGUCAAGCGGGCUGGUAGUAGAAGUCGGCAGCGAAGUCUCGCGCGUACGCGUGGGCGACCGUGUCGCCAUUGAGCCUGGCGUGCCCAGCAGAUACUCGGACGAGACUAAGGCCGGCCGCUACAAUCUCUGCCCCCAUAUGCAGUUCGCGGCUACUCCUCCAAUCGAUGGUACGCUCGUCAAGUACUACUUGGCCCCCGAAGACUUUCUGGUCAAGCUGCCGGACCACGUCUCAUACGAGGAAGGCGCGCUCGUUGAGCCAUUGUCCGUUGGUGUGCACGCCAACAAGCUUGCCGGGGUUGCGUUCAACCAGCGCGUGGCUGUGUUUGGUGCAGGUCCCGUAGGUCUUCUGACGGGUGCCGUCGCACGCGCCUUUGGCGCCUCCGAGGUGGUCUACAUCGACGUCUUUGAACACAAGCUCAGCCUGUCUUCCAACUUCGGGGGCACGCAGUUCGUGAACUCUGCGAACAUCAAGGACGAAGACGACUUGGUCAAGGAGAUCGAGCGCGUGCUUGGUGGCGCGCGCCCUGACGUUGUGUUCGACUGCACCGGCGCUGAGAUCUGCAUUCGUACCGGCAUUAAGGUGUGCAACUCGGGCGGCACCUACGUUCAGGUCGGCAUGGGACACGACGACGUCAACUUUCCCAUCGGGGCUAUUGGCGCCAAGGAGCUUAAGGUCCUGGGCUGCUUCAGAUACGCCUUCGGCGACUACAGGGACGCAGUUCAGCUCAUCGCAAGUGGGGAUGUUAACGUCAAGCCACUGGUCACUCAUCGCUUCAAGUUCGAGGACGCCGAGGCUGCGUACGAAUUUAACAUCAAGCACGGCUCUGAGGUUAUAAAGACUAUAAUUAGCGGGCCCGAGUGA